CCUUUUUGUUACAACUGAUUUAAUUAAAACUAUUCGAUCGCCGCAAAACUCACAACUAAAUGAAAUACACACUUCGGUUAUGAAAAAGUGUACAUUAUUAUGGAAUGCUUCAUAUAGGCCAAAAUCUGCUGAGAUCAUAUUACAGACAUUAGGUCAUCAAUUAUCAAGACCUGGAGAUACGCGUUGGAAUUCUUUAUAUGACUCGUUAAAACAAAUUUUAAAAAAUAAGGAGAAAAAUUGUGAGUUAUUCGAAGCAUUAGGAUUAAAGAAUAACAUGUUAAAAGAUUUGGAGUAUAUUUAUAUAGAUGAACAUUUGAAAUGCGUCGGUCCUUUAGCAGAGGCAUUAGAUAUUCUCCAAGGCGAAAAUAAUAUGUUUUAUGGUUUUGUUUUGCCAGUCAUAUUUAGUUUACGCCGUAAAGUUCAAAAUUUAUUGCUAAAUGAUUGGAAAUAUUGUGAACCUUUAGUGAAUAGUAUUCUUACAAAUAUUACAAAAAGGUUUUCUAAUUUAGUAAAUUUAAAUACAAUUGAAGCAGAUAACGCUGCAAUUGCUGCACUGUCCCAUCCUAAAUUUAAAAACCGUUGGCUAAGUUGCAUUGACUCUUCACAUAUUGAUCGACUUCAUAAAAUAUUUAAUACAGCUGUAGCUAAUAAAAUAGAAGAAAUAAAUAUUAUGUCAUCAACGGAUUCAGAAUUAACGGAAUUGUAUACACAAUCAAAUGAGGAAUCUCACGAUUUUUUUAACUUUGACCCAUUAGUGAGCACUGGCAGUAAUGCUCAACAAAGUAGACGCUCUGCAACAUCAGAGGCAGAAAUACAGAUCGUACAAUUUUUCAACAACUUAUCUCAAGAUCUGUCAAUACUUCAGCAGUAUCCACCAAUCAAAGAAAUAUUUUUAUGCUAUAAUACGCCACUGCCGUCAUCAGCUCCGGUCGAAAGAUUAUUUUCAUAUGCAACCAUGACCAAUUUACCAAAAUCCAACAAGCUAUCGGAUGAUAUGUUUGAAGAGAGGGUUAUUAGAUUCUGA